UGAGCAAACGCUCAAGAGCCCAGCCAGAAGGACGGAACAACAACUCUUCAGCUAAGACAGACCAAGACACUUUCCUCGUUCAACAGAUACACCAACCCAAGGUCAUUUUAACGCAUGAGUAGGCGACAACUUUAUCAGUUGAGGUUUAAAAGAAUCCAUCAUGGCUGCAGAUGAAAAGCAAACUUGUUAUCAGGGCGUCUAUCUCAACAGCUUCCAGUUCUACUUGGAAAAAUCAGGAGAGCAUGCAGUCCUGCGCCAGUAUGUUGAGAAAAUCCUACCUGGAGAAUUUCAAAGAAUUGGAGCUGGCAAAAGCAGCCUGGAUGUUCUUGGUGUUGGAAGUGGUGGAGGUGAGAUUGAUGCUCACAUGCUCUCCUUACUGCAGUCGUCAUUCCCUGCCAUCCCCAUCACUGCGGACAUUGUGGAGGGCAGCUCUGCACUUGUAGACAAAUUUAAAGCCAUGGUAGCAAAGACUGCCAACCUUCAGAAGAUCCCAUUUACUUGGCACAUCAUGCACAGUGAGGACUACGAGAAGCAUGUAAAAGCAAAGGGAGACAUGAAGAAGUUUGACUUCAUACACAUGAUUCAGAUGAUCUACUAUGUGGAUAACCUUGCUGAAACUAUCAAGUUUUACCACAGCCUCCUGAAGAUUAAUGGCAGGCUUAUGAUCAUCAUUGAAGCAGGCAACAGUGGCUGGGACAUCCUGUGGAAGACUUACAAUAAGGAUCUGUGUGGCAACGAGGUGAAAGAGUACCGCGCAUCCACAGAGAUCCUUACCUGCCUGAAGAGCCUUGGUCUUAAAUAUGAGGAGUAUUCAAUUCCAAACAGCUUUGACAUCACUGAGUGCUUUGAUCUGAGCAGCGGAUCCGGAGAAUGUCUGCUGAGUUUCAUGACAGCAAGAGACCACUUCUCUGAAUCUUUCAGUCCGGAGAUCAGAGCAGGCAUGUUAGACCUUCUCCGAACCAAGUGCAGCACUGAAAAAGAUGGCAAGUUGUUGUUCGACAGCACUUUGAGCUGCAUUAUUGUUCAUGCUUGAGUGUCCCUUUAAAAAAAAUGUUCAUAUAGUGCAUUCUGAUUUCACUUCAUGCCUUUCUGCCAUCAUGAAAGAAUAAACAA